AUGGAGUGUACAUUGAACGUAGUUUUGGCGACGGGCAUUUCGUGCUCAUAUGUGGGUUUAAUAUACGCAUUCGAUUAUAAUGGUAGCGAUCGAAACAAUCCACGAAGUAUAAAGCGUCGCUUUUUGGGUGCUCUUAUGAGCGAUUUACUCGGAAUAACGGCCACGUAUAUGGCAAUUGGUAGGUAUCACAGAGAUCCUUUCGGAGUGAUGGGUAUCCACAGGCGAGCCAUCUUUUCGGCUGCUUUUAUCCCAGCCAUUCUCACGUCAGUAUUUUAUUUAGGCGACUGGGUCAUGGCUUGGGUAGAUGGACAUCUUAGUGAACUGUUCGGACUAUUACAAUGGCGAGAUAACUUGACGAAACUUACAUGGAUUCGUAAUAGGAUUAUGGCUCCAGUAACAGAGGAGCUGGCGUUCCGGGCAUGUACAGCCACACUGAUGUUGCAGUGUCUGUCAACAACAGCCACCGUCUUUAUCGCUCCGUUGCCAUUUGCCCUCAGUCAUUUACAUCAUGUUUUCGAUGAUAUGAAACGUGGACGGACCAGGGAACAAGCAGUACCUCAAAGGGUUUUUCAAACAUCGUAUUCUUAUUUAUUCGGAGCUUAUGCAACAUUUCUGUUCGUUCGCGUUGGAAAUAUAAUCGCUCCAAUUGUGUGUCAUUCAAUUUGCAACAAUAUGGGUCUACCGUCCUUUGAAUAUAUCGAUUCAUAUCCGAAACGUUCCACAAGAAUUUUACUUUGGAUCUCUUAUUUAGGUGGUUUCUUUGCUUGGAUGCUUUUAUUGAUGCCACUCACUGAUCCGGCUUUAUAUUCAUGA